AUGUUUAUAACGGUGAAAACUUUCGAAUACCCAAAUGCGAGAGAUUUAGGGUUUAUACCAGAAACUCCAUCAACGGCGGCAGUAGACGGAGACGAUUUCACGGCACUGAGCUCCUCCGUAGGAAGCGAUCUCCGAUCAAUGGAGACUCUUGAUGGUGAUGAUCUCUCAACUUCUUUGAUUUUCCCAACAGCUCGACGCAAUUGCUGA